AAAAAAUGUGAAUAUCUAAGUAAUGCAGUGUUGGCCGAAUCUUGUGCACAGCAAUCACUUGUACCUUACAAAUUAGUGACGACAGAAUACCUCACUGAGGCGCCUUUGAGUUGAGCUGUUGUAAACAGCUGUGUCAGAAAACUUGUUUGCCACGAACCAUUCAUGAGGAAUUGAAAGUCGUAAUCCAAACAUUUUGCCUCGUAGAAUAGACUUUAGUAUACUGAAUAGUUAAUCACAAAAAUUCACAAUGGCUAAUGAUGACGCUGACGUUGACCUACAACUAGCUGAAGAAGUGAAGCCGACAGAGUGUGGCUCCAAAUCAAAUCACACGACUGCAACAACCACGACAAGUCCCGAGCCCCCGUCUCCUGCAACAACCAGCAGCACCACGGACAUGGAGAACAGUCCAUCACUUGUAGCAAGUUCCAGUGACAAAAGCUCCGCUAAUGCAGACAGACAAGACUCUAGUAAUUCUCCAGCUUCAAAUGAAGGCUGCUGUAGAUUAGAGUCUUCUGCUGAUAUGGAAACAAAUGACCCACCUGAGUCAAGUCAGGAGAAGCCUACCGCAGAUUCUGAAACAGAUGAGAAGUCAGCAAGUAGAAGUGAUACCCUUGCCUCAGUAGCACCUGAAGAAUCAGAAGAGAAAAUAGCCUUCAAAGUUAUAUUCAAUAGAAAAAAAUAUGAUGUAGAAUUACCAGCAUCCAGCACCAUUCAACAACUCAAACAGCAUCUGGCUCCUAUGAUAGAUGUAAUACCAUCAAUGCAGAAGGUGAUGGUGAAGGGGUUGGCUGGUAACGACAAGACGCUGGCUGAGCUCGGUGUCACCAAGACCACCAAGGUUCUGGUUGUAGGCUCCAAGUUUGAUGAAGUCAUCACCAUCAAAGUGGACAAGCUCUCUGCUACGGCAAGCAGCAGCAGCAGCAGCACGAGCAGCGCCCCCAGCAGCAGCUCCUCCCUCAGCACCCAAAAGAUCCACCAGAAAGCCUUAGAAAAAGGGCCUCCUGACGACGUACAUCCUGGUAUCAAAGACAGACAUGAGCCUCUCCCCCCUCACCCCAUAGCCGGGAUGCUCAACAAGUUGGGGGGCAAAGUUAGACUUACGUUCAAACUUGAACUUGAUCAGGUGUGGCUAGGCACCAAGCAGCGCACCGAGAAGAUCAACAUGGCGAGCAUCAGAAAUGUUGUGUCCGAACCUAUUGUGGGCAGAGAGGAGUACCAUAUUAUGGGCCUGCAGCUGGGUCCCACGGAGGCCUCCCGCUACUGGCUCUACUGGGUGCCCGCCCAGUACGUCAGCGCCAUUAAAGCUGCCAUCAUGGGCGGCACUAGUUACUAGUAGCCUACUAGUUGCCACUAGUGGGGAUUAUUUGCCUAUUACUAGUUAACUACCAGGUAUUAUUGCCUACUAGUUACGUAUUACUACUAGUAGGUAUUAUUAGCCUACAAGUUAACUACUAGGUAAUAUUGGCCUACUAGUUAACUACCAGGUAUUAUUGCCUGCUAGUUAAGUAUUACGUAUUAUUGCCUACUAAUUAACUACUAGGUAUUACUGCCUGCUAGUUACUAGUAACCUACUAGUUAACUACUAGGUAUUACUGCCUGCUAGUUACUAGUAACCUACUAGGUAUUACUGGCCUGCUAGUUACUAGUAACCUACUAGUUAUUACUACUAGGUAUUACUGGCCUGCUAGUAAAGUGCUAGUGAUGUGAUAAUUACGUGCUAGCUGUUAUACUAAGGAUCACGAGGCAGUCACUUACUAGUGACAUGCUAGUGUCUUGCUAAUAUUAAUUACUCAUUAGUGAUCAUAAUGUUACUCAUUAGCGCUGAUGGCUCAUUAGCGAUGAUAAUGGCUCAUUAAUGGUCAUGCUGUCAUCUGAAUAUGGGCAGUCUUUAAUGGGAUUCAUUAGUGAUCAUAAUGUGACUCAUUAGUGAUUAUGGCUCAUUAAUGGUCAUGCUGUCAUCUGAUUAUGGGCUGUCUUUAAUGCGAUUCAUUAGUGAUCAUAAUGUGACUCAUUAGCGAUUAUGGCUCAUUAAUGGUCAUGCUGUCAUCUGAUUAUGGGCUGUCUUUAAUGAGAUGGUAAUUAGCUUGUAAUUUUUCUUAAGAGGAAGCCUAACUACAUAUCAGGUCUCUGCUUCAUGCAAUACGUGCGGUCAAUGCACCAAGGAUUCAUUCAAGUUAAAAUAAUGUUGCUGCUUAGAAUAAUGAUGGAUGUAUUUUUCUGAAUGAAUAUACAGGCGAUAACAAUGAUGCUGGUUAAAAUAAUAAUACAUCUAUGUUGCUGAAUGAAUAUACAGGCGAUAACAAUGAUGUUGGUUAAAAUAAUGAUACGUCUAUGUUGCUGAAUGGAUAUACAGGCGAUAACAAUGAUGUUGGUUAGAAUAAUGAUACAUGUAUGUUGCUGGAUGACAUGCUAGUGAUAACAAUACAGGCGAUAACAAGGAUUUUGGUUAUAAUAAUGAUACAUCUACCUAUGUUGAUGGAUGAAUAUACAGGCGAUAUCAAUGAUGCUGUUGCUAAAAUUAUUUGUUUAUUUUGGGUUCUGGAAUAGAAAUGUAUGCCGUUUAAAUCAUUUUUUUCUGGUAAUUUUUUGUUAUGUAUCGAGUUAUCUAAUUAGAAAAUCGAUUAUAUAUCGGUAUAAAUGCAAAGACGACUCGUGUUUAAAGAACAUGUAUUUUGCUGAAUUAUUGUUCUUUUUUGGUUCUGGCAUGAAAAUGUAUGACGCAUAUAUCAUUUAUUUUAGUAAUUUUUUUGCUGUGUAUCAAUUAUCCAAUGAAAAAAAUCCUUAAUGACAGAGAUUAUGUAUCGGUAUAAAUGCACAGAAAACGGAUUUUUUGCUAACUUUUUAUUUUCGAACGUUUCGUUGACUGAUAAUAAGUUAUGACAAAUGAAUGCGCUUCUUUGAAUAGUGCACUUCAACAUAUUAAGGUAUUUGUCUGCUAGCUGCACUCUAGAGGAAAGAGAGGCACUUUGUGCAAUUAUAGAUGCAUUUUUAGCGCAUUUUCUCAUUUAUGGAAAAAAAUGCACUAUUGUG